AUGUCUGUCAGUUUCUCCACGCUUGUGCAACGGGCACGGCCGGCGUCAAACCACGCGACGACGCAGGCGCUGCGGAGUGUAAUUGCAAAAAUACCGCCAACGAACAUCAGCACCGUCGGGAAGGGUGUACGGGUGGCAUGCGAGGAAAACCCGCUUGCGUCUGUUGCCACUGUCGGGGUGUGGCUCGAUGCGGGCACGCGCCACGAGCCGGCGCAUUAUGCCGGGACGGCGCGUGUGCUGCAGAAGUGCGGGCUGCUCGGGACAACGAACCAGACGGGGGCGCAGAUUGCAAAGGCGCUUGACGAAAUCGGCGGGCAACUCACCGUGCAGGUGGGCCGUGAACAGACCCAUCUGUACAUGCGCGUGACGAAGCAGAACACGGAGCGGGCCGUUGGGCUUCUUGCCGACGUGGUGCGUAACGCCCGCCUGGCCGACG